UUUCCUUUCAAAAGUUUAUUUUCUAUAUGCAAAUUGUUUGAGUGGUAUUGAAAAGAAGGGGAUUCAAAUGUCCUCCAAAGUCCCCAAAUUCCAUAUUUGAAUUCUGACUCGAUUGUCUUGGUUGAACACGUGCUUGGUGCAUGAUCAAUAUAAAAGCAGUAAAGACCUUCAGGGAAGGAUGUAUGAGAAGGUUGCGGUAGUUCCAAUAAGUAUUGUCGCCUUAACAACAGCAACAAUAGACAUUAACUGUUCAAAUACAGAUGACCCUGAUUAUAAGCGUAAAAUUGCCUUAAGUAGAAAAGUAGAUUGGUCAGUUGUAUGGUUUCAUCUAACGUUUCACGUUUGUUGGGUUUCUCUUCAUUAUCUCUUUUAGAAAUUAGCAUUGCUCUAAUGACUAUUUAACUUCUUUGAUUGAAAACAAACCUAGAACGAGUCGUAAAACGAUGCUCGUGGAUGCGCCUUUGUUUGUGAUGCCGAUUCCUCGUCCACCAACUCGUGGUUUUUUUAACGGCAGUGCCUGUUUGGUGAGCUGGCCCGGCUGGCCAUCAUCAUGCAAUCUCGAUCUAAGAAUAAUUCCAGGCUUGUUCUAGAAACCAGAGAAACCACGCAGACACCAUCUAAAAGGGGAGUAAUUCGUUAUUCAGCGCGGAAGAAAACAAAAUGAUAAAGUUGGCGGGAAGGCUUGUCCAAUAAUAAUCUAGAGCAAUCGCUGCGUCGGGCUGACACGGGAUCUCGGUUGAGGGUGGUAGAGUGCGCGCAAAAUUCUUAAGCGUGGUUUCACAUAUCUUAGUGUUUACAUUGAACACACGUGCCUUGGAUUUGGCAACUCGGAAAAUGGAACGGAUCCGCAUCCGCCAAUGAUGUUCGAAAGAUCGUUGACCGUUAAGGGCUCUGGUUGGCGUCCGGAGGGGAAUCACCCGUUGUGUAAGAAUCAAUGGAAAUUUUCAAAUUACUAAUAAUGGCAACAGUUAGGGUGGAUAUCCAGCUGCCUAGUGAAAAUGCACAAUAGGAUCGCAUAACUUAAAAAAACAACAUUUUGAAGACAAUUUUUUUUUCGUGACGUUUCAAGUUGUUCUACAAAGUGCGUAGUUGGGAGUGUCAAUUGUUUUCUCGAGUUCAAAGACUUUCUUGUGGAGUGGGGCUGCAGGGGCCGUGUAACAGGGUACAAUGCAGUGCGCAAACUCGGGCGAACAUUUCCAGAACAAAGUCAUAAAGGAGGGCGCCGCAGACUACUGAGUUCAGAUCGAAAUAAAGCGGCGACGUGGCCAGAGGGAAGAGUUGCUUACAGCUUUCUGUUUCGUUUUCCGGAUUAUUCGCCUUUUCCCCACUCUCAAGGUGACCUGGCAACGUCUACUGUGUGCACCAUACCCCGGCCAGCCUUUCUCUUCGUAUUUUUCCAGUCACGCACUCUCUUCGUGUACUGUAGUCCCCCAAAAACCGUCCAGCAUUAGAACGGGCCUGCUCUCCUUGUGUUGUGCAGCUCCGCCAAGGUCGGAAGUCGGUCAAACGGUCACAUGUGCUGUCUUUUUCUUUCAUCUGCUUGUCAUUCGCUGCAAAAAUCAAGUAGUGACAGUUGCGGAAAGAAGUCGGUUCGUGUGAUCUGUCUGAACAAGGGAUCCUAGUCAGCUUUCUCUUCCGAGGAUCGUGCUCUGUGUUUGAAUGGAGUAAAGACCAACACCAAUGAGUUUGAGUGAUCAUGAAUCUGGAGACGCUUUCCUCGCCCGGAGGAGAUAGAGGAGCCGCCUGCUCGCUAAGUUCACUGUUGGCUCUAGGUUGUCGCUCAAGAGCUGAGGCUGCUCACUCGUUUGCCAAAAAACUCCACACUAAAUUGUGGUCAUUGAGUCCGUCACAGUCGCCAACGGAUGCCGAACUGUCAUCUGCUAAUCAGUAUCGUGAAAGGAAAGACGACUACAGCUCCUGGACCGUUGAAGCUCGCUUUGAUUUGAACAGCAAACGGGUGGACUCUGUUGUCACCACCGUACCCCUGAUCACGCCGAAUCGCCAAAUCCACAAUUUGUCCUGCGUCGUCUACCAGCCGCCAGAUUAUCAAUUCAAUAAAUUUUCCGCAGAUUCUUCACCCGACGAACUGGCAAGUAUGGGUUCCCAAACUAAUUUCAACAGCCGCAGUGCCCUGGAAGGAAGCUGGAUGAAUUUUCAGAAAGGUCAUGAGGUACCUUCGAGUAGGACCCACGAUCAGGAAUCGGAAACGAGCAGUACGACUACGAACAACACAAUGUCCGAUAGCGACCAAUAUUUCGAUUUUGGCAUUGAAACGCCUGUUGACUUGGACAGCGCUGGAGAAGAGACGGUGAGUCAUGAGCUGCCAAUCGUCAUUAACUGUGAAGACGGCCUUCCAGUCCGACAGAUAGACGGCAUGGAGUCUGGGUUCAUUUACGGCAGUCCCAUUCUCAACGGAGAAGACGAUUCCGAUCAACUAGAAGACCGGGAGGAGGAGCCAUCAUUCUACGAGAGUCUAUCUCAGUCACCUGCAUCCGCUACUUUUGCUCACAAAUCGAAUCUUGACAGAUUUCAUUUUGGCCACCCCAUUGCCCAUGUAUGUGAACCCGCUCUGGAUCUUUCGAGCAACGUGAAUACUACCGAUAUGGAAGUAUCAGGCCACAGUGGGGGUGUCCAAGUGGAGGAGGAGACGCCGCCUAGCAACACUAUCGACGAUUGCACGCAGGCGCAAUGGGAACUCGUCGAAACGUCACCGCACGAAAAGGUGGCGCGUGCAGACCUUGGCUUUGAAGGAGAUCUAGAGGACGUUGAGAGCAAUGAUUUCUCAACUGGCGACAUGGCUUUAAGUGAACCGUUGCAAAGCGAGAUCACUCAUUCCUCACCACCGGCAUCACCCGGUUCGUUCGUUUCAACUCUGGGCCAAGUUCCACCGGAUUCCCCUCCACCAGACGCAAGGGAGGAUGCUUGCAGGUUUCAGGCAGCCGAUGUGUUGGCCGAUUUGUUGAAAUUAAAACUGGACAUGGUUCGACUCGAUCCCAUUAUCUCUGAUCAACUGUUUAAUAAUGUAAGUGCCGACGAAAAUGAUACCGUGCAUCGCGCCAAUAACCUUUCACUUGAACUCGAAAAGAAUUCGGACGAUCGAUAUGUUGUCGAUGACGACAAUGUCGUUGCCAAGGCAGCGGCACUCCUGACGUGCGUUAUUGAUUCAGAUCCCAAAGCUGAGGCUGACGAUGAAUCGAAUCUGACCUCCAGCAGUUCCGAGGUUACAUCGACUAAAGAAUCAACUCCGUCGAAAGAAGAGAACGAAGAGCAAACCGACGACGAAGUUGACAGCAAAUUGUAUCGAUCUCGAGUCAAGCGCAGUACUUCACUUAAAACAUGCAAGACGCCACCAGGUACGCCAGGUCGUAAAAAGAUUGUCCGAUUCGCCGAUGCCUUGGGACUUGAUCUUGCCUUGGUCCGAACUUUUCUGGACGAGGUUCCUAACGUACCCCAAUCCGCAUUCAGCGACUUGACCGAUGCUCCUAGCCAAGGAGAAUCCUGCCCGAUCCGCACAAACCAGGCCCAACCGGGAUCCUACAUCCGCAUUACCCGACGAGAUCCAAGCACCAACAGCUCCGUCACCACUUUUGUCAGCAGUCCACGGAUCUUGGUGGCCAAUUUCACACAGCCGGGUAACAUGCCCGAUUUCUUGGAGAGAGUUAAACGGCAGAAGAUAUCCUUGGAAACGGCCAGCAUGAUUGACGACAGCCGAUUGCGCGGCGUUGUCCGCGUUCUCAAUGUAGACUUCCAUAAAUCUGUACUGGUUCGCUUUACCGUCGAUGAAUGGCGCACUCAAUCUGACCAGCUAGCUACAUACGUGCCCAACAGUUGCGAUGGACUGUCGGACCGUUUUACUUUCAACUUGGCAGGUGCCCAAUCGAUGCAGCCGGGACAAAGACUCAUCUUCGCCAUUUGUUAUCGUGUUGCCGGCCAGGAAAUUUGGGAUAGCAAUCAAGGACGAAAUUACGUGUUCCAGUGUAUUUCCAAUUCGAACUAUCUUCCCUCCAUCGCCCUGAAUAAUCCUACUGUAUCUGAUGCGUUCUUGCCCUAUAUGUAAAAAAAAAAAAUAAUAAUAAUAAUGUUUAACAUGAAAGUAAUAUCAUGUUAUAACAUUAUUCGUUAAGGGUUUAUCUCCCACAUCCAAACUUGACAUGAUUCGACCUCUAUUGACUAGUGUUGCUGUUAAUGGUUGUUGAGUAGCAUUUACACACUUAAACUUCGAACAGUUUUAUGAAAAAUGAGAUGGGCAUGCCGAUUUCCCUACUGAUGCAAAAAUGAUAUAGAAUCGAUGACAAACGACAUUUGAUAUUGUACAAAUACUUCGUAGUUCACAAAUACUAGCCGGAAAGCGAUAUAUAUGAAAUUUUAAAUAGAUAUAUUAAUAGAAAAUGUUUCAAAUAAAAUAAUAACCUUGCUGACCGUUACUGGAGUACGAUUAUUUAACAGCCAUUUUUUUGUGGCGAUAGUAAUUGUCAUCCCAAUUCACCCGUUUAUCGAAGAGUGCUAUAACAACUGACAAUGCGCAAAAUAAUAUUUUGAUUUGUUUCAAACACCCGGAGAAAGCUUAUGAAAACGUUUUUCUAUUUUGUUGUGAUAGCGGACGUUUUAAUCCGUCAGGAUAGAUCGUAUAUGUUGACUUGCCAUUAUUCGGAAAGCGGUAAAUAACACAAUAAAACUUUAUAUUAUAGAAAGAUUAUUCUAGCUUUUGGGCAAAGGCUCGGGCAAAGGUGCACGUGCAGCUGUUUCAGCCGUCAAUGUUUUAUGUUAAUUGAAUUUCGCCUUUUACGUACGUAUGUCCGUAUGUUUUUUUUCAGGUUUCAUUGUGGAACUUUCAGGAAUUGUUUUGAUUGUCAAUAAUCGGUCGAUCUAAGAAGAGGAGGAUGUUAUUGUUGUACGAAGAGGUUACCAUUUAUUGGUAGGAGUCAAAAUAGUUUGAUUACCGAGACAAGAGUUGGAAAACUUAAUGACAUAUCGAUGCCGUCCGAACAGAUUGAGUUGACAUCUUCGCGUCAGACACCCACAAGGAACGGCGGAUAUUUUUUUCUGAUUCAUCGUCAUCACCUACUAAUUAUUUGAUGUCAUUUCUCGAGCAACUGACGACUUCCGUUUCUUAAUGUAACAUAUUCCUUGUCGUUCUUCUAAUGUAAAUGGUAAUGGAAGAUAAAUAAGGUUGUGAAUGAAAAUCAAAGUAACUGUUACCUAACUACCAACUCGUUUCUUUAACUCGGUGAUGUACAUUUAAAUAAUUAUAAAUACACGGAUUCGUUGAACAUAA